AUGGAGAUCUUCUGCCGCAACAUCCCCGAGCAGGUUCAAGAGAAACAUCUGAGAAAGGAGCUCAAACCCAUACUGGGGCAAUUUCAAAUUCACGUUUUCGACUUCCAGAAGGUGGGCAGGAAAAAUGGUAAAAUCACCGUUGCUGAUGCUAGGAAAGGCCAGCGCUUCCUCGACACAUAUGAAUCCCGCAUUAAACCUAUGCGAGGCCCUCCCAAGCCAUCCCGUCCUCCUAUCACUCUCAGGCUAUUUGGGUUCCCUGUUCAGGUGUGUAAGAGCACCAACACGCCCUAUCUACAACUCCUACAGUCACUUCGGGAGGAGGAGGAGGCACAGCUGAAUGCACGCUUUGCUCCUGCUCCAAGCUCAAUUAUAGGAGAGUUUGCCAGAGUCCGACAUUUCAAGGUUACUAUGAUGUCCUGCGGGUCCUGGGAGUACCGUGAGAAUCGACCGGUGUUUGUUGAAUAUUUUCGAUUACCAUACGGAGGAGUUAUCAACCUUGGGAAAACUGCCUUUGAAGCUACUUUUACAGAUUUUCAUACCACAACAAAAUACAGCAUGGAGAUACCCUACUGGAAUGUGGCUGACGAUAUCUACGUGGGAGCUUAUGCGAAGCCAUCUGUUGCCAUCACCACAGGAGUCGCCCCGAGAUUCUAUAUCUCCGAUCCAAUAGAGCAAAUGAAAGCGCAAAUGGCCGCGUUGUUCCAGAAAAGCGGGCGCCGUCCACCAUCAAAGAGGAGAGUCGGUCAUUUACUUCCAAGUCACGAAAAGGUUUCUGCGAGAUGCUUUACCUAUAGAUUCGCCCUCCAGGACCCUCGAGAUACUGGUGUAGUACGCAAAUUAGCUCAUGACCGCAACGUUCCCAAGAUGAGCACAUGGAAUGAUUGGUGUGUUUCUCCCCGAAAGGCCUAUAAUAUUCUAGACAGGGAAUUUGAAGUUUAUCUGAGGCGUAUGCCAUUUGACUACCGUGUCAACUUCCAAUUGCAGAAGCUCGUAUGGAAUGGAGACCUUUCGCUAAAUCAAGCCUCACUGCUCUUCCCCACAGUCCAUCGGCUGCAUCGACAACAUACUCCUGACAUUGUUGCCCAAGCGCUCAUACGUUUAGGCCAAAAUCAACUAUACCCAUCACCUGGUGUAUUGGCAUCUGAUGUUGGGAUUGAAACAAUUGUUGAGGCUUUGGAGAAGAGUAUAGAUGCCAUCGUAACGGCGGGCAGUGAAUGGGAGAUCAAUCUUAUCCCUGAGAAAAGCGUCUUAGUGCAUCGAGCAAUGGUUACUCCUUGCGGUAUCUACCUUUCCGGCCCGUACACGGAAACGAAGAACCGAAUUCUACGCAAAUACUUGGACAAUAUUGAUUAUUUCAUUCGUGUUGAGUUCCUUGAUGAGACAGGCGACCCUGUGUUUUUCGAUCCAAGUGCAAACUUGGAAUCGAUUUUCCAUCAAAGAUUUGCUGGGGUUAUGAAACGAGGUAUUGAAAUUGCUGGCCGUGUGUUCGAAUAUCUCGGGUUCUCUCACUCUUCCCUACGAUCUCAGACUUGCUGGUUUGCUGCUCCUUUUACCACAGCAAACGGCGACUAUCUCGAUGCUAAAACAAUAAUCGGCAAUAUCGGUCACUUUGACCACAUACGUUCUCCUUCUAAGCAAGCCGCUAGGAUUGGCCAAGCAUUUUCCGAUACCCUUACCUCUAUAUCUGUCUCUAAGGAGGUAGUCAAGAUGAAAGCACCAGAUGUCAAGAGAAAUGGGCGUGUCUUUAGCGAUGGGGUUGGAGUCAUAUCGCGUGAGCUGAUGUAUAGGAUUUGGAAUGAAUAUGCUCUCCGGGAGAGGGUAAAGCCGACAGUCUUUCAGAUCCGAAUUGCCGGAGCCAAGGGAAUGGUUUCUCUGGAUACCAGAAAAAAAGGCGAAUUCUUGAUGCUUCGAGAGUCAAUGGUCAAGUUUCCCACAGAUGAUCUAUACAACAUUGAGAUUUGCGGAGCCGGAAUUAGAGCACUACCGUUUUAUCUAAACAACCAGAUUAUCAAAAUCUUGGAGGACUUGGGAGUCCCUUUUGAAGCUUUCCACCAACUACAACAAGACGAGAUUAGUUUUCUAUAUUCAACCUUCAGCUCCAUUGAACGAGCUGCUAAUUUCCUUGAGGAGUCGCCCGUACCCAGAUCUCUCCGGCUACCAUGGUUGUUGUUAGUUUUAAAGAGUCUAGGGAUACGAUAUUCACAGGAUCCUUUCCUGCAGCGAGUGAUGGAGCUCACUAUGUUGCUGAGGCUCCGUGACCUGAAGUAUCGUGCAAGAAUCCGUGUCCCUAAUGCCGUUACGCUCUACGGAAUCAUGGACGAAACUGGCUACCUCAAGGAAAACGAAAUUUACUGUGUUUACCUAGCAGAGAAUGGUCGACGUGAGAUUCUAGUCCGGGAUAAUGUUGUUAUCACGCGAUCACCAGCUCUACAUCCAGGAGAUGUUCAGGUUGCUAAUGCAGUGGAUGUCCCUGCAAAUUCCCCCCUUCGAAAGCUACAUAACUGUGUUGCCUUUAGUCAAUUUGGCACUCGUGAUCUCCCAAGUAUGCUAAGCGGUGGAGAUCUUGACGGUGAUCUUUACAAUAUCAUUUACGACACCCGACUUCUUCCUCAAAAGACCUUUUCGCCAGCCGACUAUCCUCGAGCUGAAGCUAAGGAGCUAGAUAGAAAGGUAGAGACCGAGGAUAUCAUUGACUUCUUUGUGACUUUUAUGCAACAAGAUCAAUUAGGCCGCAUUGCAAUUACACACCAAGCAAUUGCAGACCAGUCAGAGCGCGGCACUCUGGACGGAGUAUGCUUAACACUUGCCCGGUUACAUUCAACUGCGGUAGACUACUCGAAAAGCGGGAUAGCGGUCGAUGUCAUGAGCAUUCCCAAAGCCCCACGAGUCCGACCAGAUUUUAUGGCUCCGAGUCCUAGAAUCCGCGUUGAAGAUAGCAUUGAAAGUAUUCUUCGUGAAAAAGAAUCAACCGUGCAAGAUGAUGACGACGACGAUAAUGAUCGUGCGAAAAUUCGAUACUACAAGAGUCAUAAUAUCUUAGGUCGGCUCUAUCGAUCUAUUGAUGAGCAAAGCUUCCUCCAUCAGCUGCGUGAUGCAGGAGCAGUCGAUAACAACAAUCGUAAUAGUGUUCUUAAAUCAAUCUGGAGAUAUGUGGAGUCAGAGGUGGAUGGUUUUCUUUGGAAUCAUCUCACAGGGAUAUGCCAUGAUAUCAAGGAUAUUUAUGAGGACAAGCUUCGCGAACUACUACAUAAAUAUUCGUCCACGCCAUUGAAGAGUUCAAUCUCGGAAUAUGAACUUUUUGUUGGCACUAUUCUUGGCCACGGACAUAAGCAACGACGAAGAGAUAAGGAAAAUGCAAACGAAAUGCGGGAUGAGUACAACCGUCUUGUGGAGUUUACUAUUUCUAUGAUCAGGGACACGGAAUCAGGGGGAACAGAGGCCCUCGAGCGCUCAAUUGCCUGCUUUUGGGUGGCCAUAAACGAACAAAGCGCCGGACAGAAGGCCGGACUUCGAAGUGCUCAUACGCACCAAGAGAAGCUCCUCAGCUUCCCUUGGAUUGCUGCUAUGACAUGUCUUGAUGAAGUUGACAAAUUUCAGAGAUAUGCGCCUAUCUGA